GCCAAGGAGUACCGAGUUUCCGAAAGACCACAGAGGCUCCGAGAGUCCCGCUGCCCCUACAAGUGACUAGGUCUCCCCUCACAUCCGAGCUCCCGCCCCUGCCAAGGCGCCUGCGCCCUUCCGCCCUUCCCUCAACCCUACCCAGCUUUGCCUAUCUGGCUCUGACUCGUGAAAACUACAACUUCCAGAGCUCCUCGCGCGGAACUCUCAAGUGGUUCGGGUCAGGUGACAGCUGGCCCCGCCCUCACACAAAGUCAGCGGGUCCCAAAGAGUCCCUUAUAUUCUGAAGCGGCUUCUGGCGCCAGAGUGCUGCUUUCGGUGAGGUCGGUCUGCUGAGCCUGCAAGGCUGUCAGUUUGGAGAAGUCAAAGAACAUGAUGAGGAAUUGGAUGUUUAUUUUGGCCCUUUUCCUCUUGAAGUUCAUAGAGAAAUGUGAGUCAACUGUCAGUCUCAGUGUGCCUCCCACUGUGAAGCUGGAAAAUGGCAGUUCAACCAACGUCAGCAUCACCCUUGGGCAUCCAUUAAAUACAACCUUGGUGAUCACUUUUGAAAUCACAUUUCAUUCAAAAAAUCUCACUAUUCUGGAGCUUCCUGAUGAAGUCGUAGUGCCUCCUGGAGAGAAGAAUGCCUCUUUCCAAGUGACUUCUCAAAAUGUUGGACAAGUGACUGUUUAUCUGCACGGAAAUCAUUCCAACCAGACCUGCCCCAGGAUUCGGUUCUUGGUGAUCCACAGCAGAAUCGUUAGCAUCAUAAACCAGGUGAUUGGCUGGAUCUACUUCAUGGCCUGGUCCGUCUCCUUCUACCCACAGGUGAUCCAGAACUGGAGGCGGAAAAGUGUUGUUGGUCUCAGCUUUGACUUCUUAGCCCUGAACUUGACAGGCUUCGUGGCCUACAGUGUUUUCAACAUCGGUCUUUUGUGGGUGCCCUACAUUCAGGAACAGUUUCUCCUCAAAUACCCCAACGGCGUGAACCCCGUUGACAAUAAUGACGUCUUCUUCAGCCUGCAUGCAGUUGCCCUCACGCUGAUUAUUAUCCUGCAAUGCUGCCUGUAUGAGCGAGGCAACCAGCACGUGUCGUGGCCCUCCGUUGGCUUCCUGGUGCUCGCGUGGCUCUUUGUGUUAGUCACCAUGAUUGUGGCUGCAGUCGGUGUGACCACAUGGCUGCAGUUCCUCUUCUGCUUCUCCUACAUCAAGCUCGUCAUCACGCUGAUCAAGUAUUUUCCACAGGCCUACAUGAACUUUUACUACAAAAGCACCGAGGGCUGGAGCAUUGGCGGCGUGCUCCUGGACUUCACAGGGGGCAGCUUCAGCCUCCUCCAGAUGUUCCUCCAGUCUUACAAUAACGACGAAUGGAUGUUGAUCUUUGGAGACCCAACCAAGUUCGGACUUGGCGUCUUCACCAUCUUCUUUGAUGUUGUCUUCUUCAUCCAGCACUACUGUUUGUACAGAAAGAAACCGGGGUACGACCAGCUGAACUAGAACCCAGAGACCCAGUGUAAACAGCCAAGGCCUGGGCCCUGGUAGGAAAAGUUGUGUCCAGCAAAGGCCAGAAGCAGUUGGUGUACAGGGCUGGUACAGUAUGCCGACUGAGAAGCAAGCACUCUCUUCAGGGGCGCCAAAUGCCUUAAACUCAGCCUGCCUGCCUUCACCCCAGGCCCUUCCUGAGCCAUAGAGGACCCCCACCCUGGGACAGACACCUGACUGCUCGGAGACUGAAAGCCAGACUUGAAGUGGUCUCUCCCAACCUCAAGUUUCAGCCACCUGCCGGGAGGCACCCAGCCCUCCUGCAUCUUGAUAUACCAUCUCUUUUCUUUAAGGCUUCAGGCAGCACACACAGGUCCCACAGCCAACCCAGACAGAACUGGGCAGCAAGUUUGCAGCCGAUGGCCUUGCCCCAAACCACCAGUGUUUCUGGGAGCAGCUUGAAGGGCUAACCUUGCAGCUAGGAGCCAAGGAUGCUUCCACUACUGUGCUCACAGGAACCGAGCAGCCAGGUGCUAUGGCCAAUGGACUGGAAGGUGCUAAUGCUGGGGCUGGAGGGGAGAGGACUGUGGGGUGAGGCUCUGGGUCCUUUCUCUGAAGGCCACAUUUCUGAUAGUCAUUCUAUACAACUGCUCCAGUAACUGUAGAACAUAUUGCCUGGGCCAGUGCCUGGUAAAGUAUAUUUCUGAUCCCUGAGGUGCCUGCCAGAUCAGUGGGAAGUGGACCUACUGCCCUCUGGAUUGUUACAUACAAAGACAGAUAUCACAGUACCUUUUUGAUUUUUUUUUUUUAAUCCCCAAGGGAUAUUUUGAAAUGGCUUGUUUUCUUUUGCCCUCUUUCCUAACUCCACGUCUGAGAGUCAGAAGGAGCCCCAUCUAAGUACCUCACCCAAACUGCUCCUAACCGUACACCUAUGGAGCAGGUACUUAGUACCAGCACGUGCCUUAGAAACUCAUCAGUCAACCAAGCAGUAAGAGUACUCCCCAGCCCCAAACUAGAACUCCAAUUUCUUAGCUGUUGAGGAGCCUCGAAAGAACAGGAGCUCACCUCCUAUAAUGCUUAUGAGUCCCACCCUGAUCCCUAACCUCCUUCCAGAUGCGGAAGGAACCAGGGUGUGCCCUGAGUUUAUCAAUCUGUCCUUUCUGCUUUCUACAAGACGAAUACUGAGAAGCCCUUGUAUUUCUCAUUCUUGUGUAUUUUUUUCCUGUCUUAUUUCAUUUUGGUGGAGUGUAUGUCCUUAAUUAAAAGCCUGCUUGUUUACGUA